UUCCAUUUCACUCACAUAUCCUGCUCAGCCUUUAUUGAACUCUUUCUUCAUGACCAAUCUCACCAAGAAGGCCGAUUCUGACAAUGAUUCAAUACUAGAUGGAAUCGACUGUCUAUCAGACACGACCGUUCGUACACCUGAGAUGUCUGCCAGUAUCAUAUCAGUUAUUGGAGAGCAGCAAGACAUCAAUGCUGACGAUGACAUAGUCAUUGGUUAUCUGCGGACGAUUAUUGGAUAUCGUUCUUCUAUUCACUCGUAUCAGCAGCAGAACUUCCUGAAGGCAUAUACGGCUAUCAUGUCUGGCGAGGUUAUUCGUAUCCCUAAUAGGACGUACAGAUCAUUCAGUGUGGAGUCUUUGGAGGUGCGUGUGAAGCAUCACAACUCAAAGCUCAAGGACAUUGUACAAGGUGUUGGCGUUGUUUGCUGCAUACUGGAUGACAUUAUACAGGCGUAUAUCGGCGUACUCAGUCAUGAAGCAAAGCUCAGUGCCAUUAGGGAGCAUAGAUUGUAUUUCCAUGAGGUUUUGGAUUCAGGCUAUAUUACUUUCGACUCGCUUAAAUUCGCUCAAUACCCUGCUUCGUACCUUGAAGACUUUAUUCCAUGGGUAGUUUGCGAUAAAGAUUUACAGUUGAGCAACUGUCGCUCGUACCUUGCUACCCACGGGUCACCUCUGGUUAGAUAUGUUCUGGAGAACCACAUUGCGGGUACUGAAGACUGGGACUCAGCAAAAACUGCUCUCGUAAAGGAAUUCACGCCGAAGGCUUCCCAGGAAGAAGUAGCAAAAAGCAAAAGCAAAGUAGCUGCAAUGAUGACCUGGGCUGACAUAAACGAGUAUCUGGAAAGUACCUAUUGCAAUACUUGGCAUAAAGGUAGUACGUAUUCCAGCCCUUGCCGUAUUUAUGAUUCACUUUUCUCUCACAAGCGCGUUGAUAAUGUUACAUAUAUUGCAACCUACUGCUGUAUGUCGUUCGUUAGUGCCAUCACCAACCAUUCCCAGCAGGAGUUCAUUGUGAGUGCUCUGAAGAAGAAGAGUAUUAAGUGUAUCUCAACCUUCAACUUUGGCACUUUGUAAUGGCCAUCUCAUUCUUUCCCUCUUUCUAUAUUACCCUUGUUUUAAAUAAAUUCUCCUUGCAGUAUGCAUUCGUCAUUAUAAUUCUG